AUGGCUAAAAUUCCUGGCAUUUUCGUUUAUCAUAAUCCAGAAAUACCCGACUUGCAAGUUACUUGGCCUGAAAUUUUCUUUUUCAGGGUGAUUGGCGGAGAUUUAUGCCUUAUUGGGCUAAAGGAACCAAAGUCGUUGGUGUUUGAUGUUUUGGCAUUGGAGACCAACUAUUCAAGAUGGAAUGUGAAGUACUGUCUAGACCUUUCUGCACUCGCUACUUUGUAUCCAUCAAUGGUGCUGGAGAUGACUGGUGAUCCUUCUCGUGAUUGGUUAAGGUGUGAAUUCCUCAUGCUUAGCUGUUGUGUUAAUGAGACAAGGAAUCAAACUGAGUUACUGAUAUCAGUACCAGGUAAAAUUCUCUCAUUUGACAUGAACAACAUGGUUGUCAAAGAAAUUACAGAUUUCGUUGUUGGGAGUACUUGCGAAAAAUGUGCGGAUCUCUCUAGAUACCGAUGA